AGAGGCAGAUAUACUGUCGGUCAGUCUUCGGCGAGUCUUCGCCGGCUAGUGUGAAAUAUCGCGCCCAAGUGUUACGAGCCUACGGUCACGCGGCGCGGUUCCUCUCGCGAUAUGGCUAUAUCCUCGGCCGUUGACGGAGACGUCUGAGGUGCCGCGACGAACGACGAUUUUCCGUCCCCUUUCUCCCUCUCGCUCACCCGUGGGAUCGCGUUCGUUUUUCUCGCGAGACAUCGCGAAUCGAUCGCGACACAAUUCCGAUUUCUAUCCUCAUUCUUUUCAUUUGGAAAACAUACAUCAUAUCGUGUUUUAUCUCUCGAAUAUAUAUUGUUAAAAUCUAUAUCGAAUUUUCUAAAUUCGCGGGAAGAGCGAGAAACGCGAGGCGCAUCGGAGAACGCUGAAGAUGCAACCGGCUCCACGAACGCCUGGUUCUCCAACGCGUUCUUCGUGUCACGAGCGCGAUCGGGAGCGUGAGAGGGAACGCGAGCAAGAGCGAAAUCGCGAGCGAGAACGCGGCGGAAGGCAGAGUCGGACGAGCCCCGAGGAGAAUCGAGAUGAUCGCGAAGAAAGGGAUGCGAUCGCGAGACAGAAUCUCGGACCUCCUGGCGCGAUCGCGGGGAAUCAAGGAUUGCAGCUGUCCUUGUCGUUGGAGGACCGGGAGCUCUGGACCAGAUUCCAGUGCAUCACGAACGAGAUGAUCGUCACGAAAAACGGAAGGAGGAUGUUUCCCGUGGUGAAGGUCGUUGCACGUGGUUUGGAACCGGCGGCUAUGUACACGCUGCUACUGGAAUUUGUUCAAGUCGAUCCGCACAGGUGGAAAUAUGUUAAUGGAGAAUGGGUACCAGGCGGAAAGGCGGAAGUGGCCCCGCCUAAUCCGAUUUACAUACAUCCGGAGAGUCCGAAUUUCGGGGCGCAUUGGAUGAAAGAGGCAGUGUCAUUUGCAAAAGUUAAGUUAACUAACAAAUCGAACGGUAAUGGACAGAUCAUGCUGAAUUCAUUGCACAAGUACGAGCCGCGUGUUCAUCUGGUUCGAGUGGGUGCUGAGGAACAGAGAACAGUUCUCACGUAUCGUUUCCCAGAAACGCAAUUCAUCGCAGUGACAGCGUAUCAGAACGAGGAAGUAACGAGUCUGAAGAUCAAGUACAACCCUUUCGCGAAGGCAUUCCUCGAUGCUAAAGAGAGACCCGCUGAUUCACAGACUUAUCCUCAAUAUGCGGGUGCAUUGUUCUUACCGCAACCUACAAUGGGAUAUGAAUACAAUACUGCAUCGGCUAUAGCCGUCGCACAAAAUCAAGUGUCGGCUUGCGUUGGCAAUCACUUUUCUAAUUCGUGCACGGUCACCACCUCUGGACUCAGAAGUACCUGCAGAGCAGCUCCUUAUACUUUGAGACACAAAUAUGUCCAGGAUGAACAACACGCGGACGCAUACACGCCGAUGCCUCUUCUACAUUCUACAGCUUAUGUAACAGCACCGGCUUGGUCGCCUCGCAGUCCUGAACCAUUGCAGAAUCUCAAUCCCGCGUGCUUAUCGUCAGCAGCUGCGUCGCAAGAGUGGCCAACAUCCUCGCCGCCGUCAUCGACGUCAUCGGCGCACACAGUCCUCGGGAGAGCCGUGGUCGGUACCGCAUCCACCACGACCACCGUGUCCGGAUGCACCCUGUACGUGCCAUCUCAAGAACAACAUGGCGGACACUGCGCCGACUCGUCCUGGAUCCACCCUACCGCGUUAGAACAACAGCAGCAGCCGCAGCAUCAACAGCAGCAGCAAUCGUAUCUAAACUUAAAUCUCCAUCUGCAUCAUCAGAUGUCUUCGUACGGCUCCAUUCCGCACACGGGACUGCAUCAUGGUUUACAUCCGCAGAGCGGAGAACCCGUCGCUCCGACGGACGCAAAUGAAUACGUCCAUGAGUAUCAACAUGCUUCGCCGGUGCAAUCAACUACCUCGGAUCAGCACCGUCAUCAUCAUCAUCAGCACCCGCAGCAUCACUCCCAACCGCAGAUGUUGCACUUGCAGGCUCUACCGCAGACGGAGACUUCUUCCCCGGUCAGUGUGGAGUACGACAGUCCUCCUAAGGAGCAUCCUCAUAUUCCGAUGGGUUAUCCUGAGCAAACUGCGGAUGCCUUGAACGAGGUACAGCCGGACAACGAAAGAAGAUACUUGACGGCGGUCGUUGAUCGUCAUCCUCCUCAUCAUCUUCAUCAUCACAACCAUCAUCGACAGGACACGGAGAUUACAGGCGAGCAGUCGAACACUUGGACGCCGCUGACACCACCACCGCAGACUACUGCUAUUUGAUUUGAAAAUUCUUGAGAAAUUUGCAAUCCGCAAAAACGCAUAUAUUCGCGAGUUCAUGCGUGAUCGCGCGAAAGAUUGUCGAUGCGGUCACAGCGAUGCAUUUUUAUUAGCUUGACAUGUGAUUGUCAAUCAAAGUUAAAUGUAUUAAAUGCGAUAGUUAACCAAGAAAAUUUUAUCGCGCGCCGAAUAUUGAUAUUAAAA